UCUCUUCUUUUCGAUCCCACUCGGUCUUCGCUUUGCUGUUUCAACUUUUAAGCUCUCUCCCUCUUUUCUCUUUUAAGUUUUAUCUUUCUUUGCUGCUCUUUUUUUCAUGCAGAUCGGCGUCGGCCACACUCUUCCCGCUCAAAACUUGCACGUCUUCCAAGCCAGACGGGCAAGUUUCAAGUGCCGGCAAACAUCUCCUCUAAACCCUUUAACCAAACCCAAUCCAUGUUCUCAAAAGCCCCUUUCUUCAGCAUGUUUUUCCACUGAGUCGACUCGGCAACACCUUUCCAACCUCGAAAAACUCCUCCAGAAGACAAACGAAGCCGAACCCGAACAAGUAAUUACCAAACCGCCCAUCAAUGGUUCGAUCGGAAACAAAGGUAAGGGUUUACUGGAAGGGCUGAAUCUUUCGAGGAUUUGGCCCGAAACGAAAGCCGCCGAAGAGAUGUCGCCGCGUCAUUUAAAUAGGCUUCAACGACUUUUAUCCAAGUCCAAUAUGGAGUAUUCGCCGAGGAACAGCCUGGGUUCUCGUUGGAGAGAGUACCAUGGCUGCAAUGAUUGGUCGGGGUUGCUUGACCCGCUCGAUGAGAAUCUAAGGCGGGAAGUGGUUAGAUAUGGGGAAUUCGUUCAAGCUGCUUACCAUGGCUUUCAUUCGAACCCUGCUAUGUCCACCAACCAGGCUCCCUUGCCGAGGCACGUUGCGUUACCCGAUAGGUCUUACAAGUUGACCAAGAGCCUUUACGCCACCUCGUCUAUCGGCUUGCCGGAUUGGGUCGACGACGUGGCUCCGGAUCUUGGGUGGAUGACCCAACGGUCUAGUUGGAUCGGGUACGUAGCGGUUUGUGACGACCGGAGGGAGAUUCAACGGAUGGGAAGGAGGGAUAUUGUGAUUGCCCUACGCGGGACAGCAACGUGCAUGGAAUGGGCUGAAAAUUUAAGAGCCCAAUUGGUUCGGAUCCCAGAAUCGGAUAACCCGACCCAAAAGGUUGAAUGUGGAUUCUUGAGCUUGCACAAAACACCCGGUACUCACGUCCCUAGCUUGGCUGAAUCCGUGGUUGAAGAAGUGAAAAGGUUGAUGGAGACUUACAAAGGUGAAAGCCUUAGCAUUACAAUCACGGGGCAUAGCCUUGGUGCCGCACUCUCCCUUUUAGUCGCCGAUGAAAUAAGUUCAUGCGCACCUCAUGUGCCUCCCAUCGCGGUUUUUUCUUUCGGUGGUCCUCGAGUCGGUAAUAAAGGCUUUGUCAAUCGACUUAAUGAAAAGAAUGUUAAAGUAUUACGAAUUGUCAACAACCAAGACUUAAUUACUAGAGUUCCUGGAAUAUUCAUUGGUGAAGGAUCAAAUCAACAACAACAGGAGGAUCUACAAAAAAAACAAAGAAAUGAUGGUUUUGGAAAAGUGUUCAAUAUGAUUGACAAUAACAAUCCUUGGGCAUACUCUCAUAUUGGAACAGAACUCAGGGUCGACUCUAAAAUGUCCCCUUAUCUAAAACCAGAUGCAGACAUGGCAUGUUGUCACGAUUUAGAGGCAUACCUACACUUGGUGGAUGGAUUCUUAUCAUCAAAUUGUCCAUUUAGAUCAAACGCAAAGAGAAGCUUGGUGAAGUUGGUUAAUGAUCAAAGAUCUAAUAUGAAACAGUUGUAUACUCAUAAGUCAUUGAGUUUAAACCUUGAGAGAGAUAGGCUUAGGGUCCCGAUUCCUACUUGUUUGCCUAGCCCAUCUAGAUAGUCUAAGUAUAUAUUAAUAACAAAAAAAAAAUGCACAAACAAAUAAUGUGUUACGAGAUUCAAUUUAAAUGAUAGUUUGUAAUUCAUUUUUCAAAUUACAGACAUCACUAAUUAUCACAAUAAAUUAUUAAUAACUCUUUGUAUGAAAUACAAAUUAUUUUUUCGUA